UAACAGGCCACAGAGGUGAUCUACGCAGACGUGCGGAGAAAUUACCGAAGAGUGGCGGAACAGUUGUGUGAAACCGGGGGGACUCUGGUAGACUACAGUCAGUCUGACCGCCGGGGAGCUGCGGUUGUUCACGCCGAGAAGACGACGAGGAAGAAGAGACGGAGGAGGAGGAAGAGGAGGAGGCUGCUGGACUGUCAGCAAUGGAAGCCGAGUUUCGGGAAAUCGAUGAGAACGGGAGCUGGAACAGCGUUUACCAGGAGAUUCGUCACCAGUCUUGUGAACUCCCCUGCAAAGUUGCCAAAUUACCCGAAAACAAGACUCGGAAUCGUUACAGAGAUGUUAGUCCAUUUGACCACAGCAGAAUAUGUCUGCAGCUGGGUACGAAUGAUUACAUUAAUGCCAGCCUUAUCUCGGUAGAAGAGGCGCAGAGGAACUACAUUCUCACUCAGGGACCCCUUCCACACACAUGUGGUCAUUUCUGGGAGAUGGUGUGGGAGCAGAGGAGCCGCGGUGUGUUGAUGCUGAACCGAGUCAUAGAGAAAGGAUCGGUCAAAUGUGCCCAAUACUGGCCACACAGAGAAGAGAGAGAUGCCAUCUUUGAAGAUACCAAUUUCAAGCUCACCCUUGUCUCAGAAGACAUCAAGUCUUACUACACAGUCCGUCAGCUGGAGUUGGAAAAUGUGUCCACUCAAGAGACUCGUGAGAUUCUACAGUUUCACUACACCACCUGGCCGGACUUUGGUGUGCCAGAGUCUCCCGCCUCCUUCCUUAACUUCCUGUUCAAGGUCCGAGAGUCCGGGUGCCUCAAUUCAGAUCAGGGACCAGUGGUGGUGCACUGCAGCGCCGGCAUCGGCCGCUCGGGGACCUUUUGUCUUGUGGAUACGUGCCUCUUGUUGAUGUCCAUGCGUAAGGACCCGUUGACGGUCCGUAUUCGCGAUGUGCUGCUGGAGAUGCGGCGCCAUCGAAUGGGUCUGAUUCAGACGGCAGAUCAACUUCGCUUCUCCUACCUUGCUGUCAUCGAAGGUGCCAAGUACAUCAAAGGAGAUACUUCUCUGCAGGAGUCAUGGAAGGAGCUGUCAAACGAGGAAGACGAUCCUCCAGAGUUCACACCUCCGCCUCCUCUUCCUCCGCCCAGAGACCCUUACAAUGGCAAAGUGGAGCCAUCCUUUUUCCCAGAAAAUGAGGAGAUCACUCAACACAUGGAGAUCUGGAGUUUGGGGUCCUCACAAGAGUCUGAGCUGCGAAAGAGGAACAUUGCUGCCUCCCAGCCUCCUCUCAAUUUAGGUGAUGAGCCAGACGGCCACAUGGUUAUCCAGGAUCUAACCGGUGAAGCUCCAACCAAAUCCCAGCAGCAGCAACAGCAGCAACAGCAACAGCAACAGCAGCAACAGCAGCAGCAGCAACAACAGCAGCAGCAGCAGCAUGAGGCCAGUGAACAGGAGACAGCCAAAGCAGCAGAGCAGCCAAAGGAAAAAUCUCCUGUUCCAGGGACGUGGUCCCCUCUCUUAGCCAACGUGUGCCUGUGCACAGCGCUGGCUCUCAGCGCUUAUGUCUGCUAUCGAUUCUAUUUCCACUGAUGCCUGUCCUCCUCCUUUGUGCCCCCCCCCCCCCCCCCCCCCGUCUCUCCAUUGAUGUUGCAAAGUGGACUUCACUGACUUCAUCAGCCUGCUUCGACUCCGGUGUUUACUCUGCAAGUGAGUGAAUUAUCUGGACUCCAGCAGAUUCAGGUUCACUCGAUUUCAUUUUUUUUCUUUUCAAAUUCAGUGCGAGGGGGCGUGGCUGGCUGGGACAAACUGCCGCCACUCCUCACCAUCAACCCGCCCCAAACAUCAUGUCAGUGUGUCAUCUUAGAUGCUCUCAGGGCCUCAGUUUUUUCAGGUGUCGCAUGUCGCGUGAACCGACUCAAACACAGACUCAACCGUUUCAUAAAUAUAAUAACAACACAUAUCGCAGUCAGUAGAGGAAACGCGCUUGUUUCAGCUCUCUGUCCCACGAACCAGGAUGAAUGGCCUCUCAGCCCAUUUUUACACACAUCUCGUCUCUCAUUCACCAAACGAUACUUGUAUGAGUUCUUCCAUUUCAUCCUUUGCGAAUGUGUCCGUUAUGAUUUCUCGUUUUCUUUUCCUCUACUUACACAAAUGGAUCAGAAAUCAUGGAUCCAGAUCUUUGACCAGCCUGCCUGAAAAUAUGCCAGUUAAUGAAAAGAAUUAAGGUUUUUAUUUUUGUUUGUUUGUUUUGGGUCAAUAUUAAACCCAACAGUAAGCUGAAGUGUAUGAACGUAAGAGGGAAACCAUACUGUGUCCACUAGAUAGGAGAUGCAUGCUGGGGUGGGCACUGAAUUGUUAUCUGUCAUCACUUGUAGCUCGUGUCGGGCUGCAGGAGGCAUGCUGGUUGAGCCCAUACAGUGUGUGUGUGUUUGUGUGUGUGAGAGUGAUUUUGUGUGCAUAUAUUAGUGCAAGUGUUAGUUAUUGAAAAUGUUCUACUGAUGCUUGAGUUAAAACCUACUCAGUGAGAAAUAUUAAUGUAACAUUUACAGUAUGUAAAAUGUGAGAUAUGUAGACUGAGUGAACUGCUUCUCCGUACAUUUUCUCUCCCCAGGAGUUCAACAGUGACAUCACCAAAAGACUUGCUGCAAAACAAAAAAAAAAAAAAUGGUGCCAGAACAGGGUGAUAUGUGACUUCGUCCAUUUGCCUUGGCAUUCUUAAAUUGACACUGGAUAAUAGAUGUAUUUUUUUAAAGGAAACACCUGGCUUUUUUUUGUUUGUGUUUGUUUGGGAGAACAACUUUUCAGUCACAUAAAAAAAUAGUGUGGAGGCUUUUUUUUUUUAAUGCCAAAAGAAUGUGUACCAUAACCUGAGAGCAGCUGAUGCAUGUUGUAAUCGAAUGUGUGUCGAGUCCAGUAUAAGCAGAGACGUAAAAGUAGCCAACACCCAACUUCUUUUUCGCCAGCAAUACAAAUACUGAAUAACGUGUCACCCUUUACUCAAACAAACUCAGUUUGACAGGUAACCAAGGACUUUGAACAAACCAAAAAUCAAACACCAGCAAAGGGAUGAAAACAGUACACUGUAGUAAUAAUCUGUUGCAUCAUGGAGCAGCUCUGAGCUGGCAGUGUUGUUUUGUAUAAUUUGAGUUUGUUUUCUUUGUUUCUUUUUUUUUUUUUUUUAGCAUGCUGCAUUUGUGAAUCAACAGGUUUGUCCUAAGAAGAGAUUAGUUAAGCUGCUAGCCUUCAGUUUACCUUUGUGACUCGACAAAGUCCAGUGCUUGAGUCUGACAGCUGUAUACCUUCCUUUUAGAAUGUAUGAAUGUCCUGUCAAAAGGACACACCCUUACUAGAUAUAUAUAUUUUUUUCCAAAUCAGGUUUCAGUGUGCUGAGUUUUCUUCUGUUAUUUUUCUGAUUUAGUGAGGGAUUAUAUCUCAGCACCUGGGCAGCCAUUGCACCAGGUUUUCCUGUUUUUUCUAUACUUAUGCUGAGCUCAAAAAAACAUGUAUUUUUUUAUUUACAUUUGUUCUUUUCCUUUUUAAAUAAAAAACAAGUAUACGAUUGUA